AUGUCAAUUGAAUGUUCUUUUGAAUGCAUCACUCAAUCAUGUAAUUAAUACAAUGGCCAAUCUGAUUGCAAUUAUAUAUACACCUCCUAUACACUUAGAGAAAUAGCUCUUUGUUACUGGGAUUCCCUUUAUGAUGAAUGCAUAAGUGCUUCCAUAUCAUUAGCAAAACGAUUAAUACCACUAACUCAACAUAAUGUUAUGUAAAUACAGGAUAUGUAUAUCACUUGA